AUGCUUUCCCCGGACCGCGCGGACCCCUUCGCCGAUUCCACCCCGGCACCAGAGCUGUCUACCUAUGCAGAUGUGAUGGUUGGCCAGCAACUGGACAAAGAGAAGAAGGAGGUCCUUGAGAAGAUCAAACAGAAAAAGGAGGAAGAAGCCACAGCCAAGGCUGAGGGAAAGGAGGAUCCAGAGGCAAAGAAGCGACGAACGGAGGAAGCUGCCAAGGCGGCAGCUGAAGCCAAGGCGUCCAAGGCCUCCGAGGAAAGUGGCGACAGAUGGGCCACUCCUGUGGGUGGAGGCGAUGUGGCCGAUACGCCUGUCGCGGAGAAGAAGGACGAUGAGGGCGAUGACUUCGGUGAAACUCCUGAAGCUGGAGAAUGGGGUGACACUCCAAUGCCCGCGGGCAAAAAGAAGCGCGCCAGAUGGGAUUCGGCGCCUGAGAAGGAUGCAGAGGUGGGUGCCACGCCCAGCGCAGAUGUGACGCCCAGCGUGGAUGUCACGCCCAGUGUAGAUGUGACUCCGAGCGCGACUGAUCCAUCCAUAGGUGCCACACCUUUCGCCGGUGGAAUUAAUCUCGGCGAUACUCCGUUGGGCACGCCUGGAAUGGCGGGAAUGAGCACCCCAGUGGGUCUCACUCCAAACUUCGCCUCUAUGACCCCAGAGCAGAUCCAGGCGUAUCGGUACGAUGCAGAAAUCAACGAGCGAAAUGCUCCCAUGACGGAUGAGGAGCUAGAUGCCAUCUUCCCUCAGACCGGCUAUGAGAUUGUGAGGCCUCCGGCCAACUACAAUCCCAUCCGCAAGUCCGUGCUGUCCUCCGCCACCCCAACGCCGACCCCGGGGGCCACGCCCUUCUUCUCCAUGCAAGACCCCGAUGCGCCCAAGCCGUAUGAGGUUCCAUCCUCUCCAGCGGUGGGUGAAAUGCCAAUGAUCAAGCCAGAGGACUAUUCGUACUUUGCUCCCCUCCUGGCUGGUGACAAUGAUGACAACCUCUCCCCCGAGGAGGCCAAGGAGCGAAAAAUCAUGCGACUUCUGCUGAAGGUGAAGAAUGGCACCCCGCCCAUGCGACGUUCCGCCCUUCGGCAGCUCACCGACAGUGCCCGGAGCUUUGGACCUGGGCCUCUCUUCAAUCAGAUCCUGCCGUUGCUCAUGAGUAGCACCCUAGAGGAUCAGGAGAGACACUUGUUGGUGAAGGUCAUCGACCGUGUGCUCUACAAGUUGGAUGACAUGGUGCGACCCUAUGUCCACAAGAUCUUGGUGGUGAUUGAGCCAUUGCUCAUCGAUGAAGAUUACUUCGCACGCGUGGAGGGGCGAGAGAUCAUCAGCAAUUUGGCCAAGGCGGCAGGCCUUGCCACCAUGAUCUCUACCAUGCGACCUGACAUCGACCACGCAGAUGAGUACGUGCGCAACACCACGGCCCGCGCCUUUGCGGUCGUCGCCUCUGCGCUGGGUAUUCCGUCCUUGCUGCUCUUCCUGCGGGCGGUGUGCCAAUCAAAAAAGAGUUGGCAAGCCAGACAUACUGGUAUCAAGAUUGUGCAGCAGAUCGCCAUCCUCAUGGGAUGCGCUGUGUUGCCACACCUGAAGCAGAUGGUGGACAUCAUCGCCCAUGGUCUCCAGGACGAGCAACAGAAGGUGCGCACCAUCACUGCCUUGGCGUUGGCCGCAUUGGCAGAGGCUGCGAUGCCAUACGGCAUCGAGGCCUUCGAUACUGUGCUGCGACCCCUGUGGAAGGGCAUCUGCGAGCAUCGCGGGAAGGGCCUGGCGGCCUUCCUGAAGGCCAUCGGGUUCAUCAUUCCUCUGAUGGAUGCAGAGCAUGCCAACUACUACACUCGAGAGGUCAUGAUCAUUUUGAUUCGAGAGUUCUCGACUCCAGAUGAGGAGAUGAAGAAGAUUGUGCUGAAGGUGGUCAAGCAGUGCGUUGCCACAGAGGGUGUUGAACCCAGCUACAUUCGCGAGGAUAUUCUUCCACCGUUCUUCCGCAACUUCUGGGUGGUUAGGAUGGCGCUGGACCGUCGCAACUAUCGGCAGCUUGUGGACACCACUGUGGAAAUUGCCAACAAGGUGGGCGGAGCUGAUAUCAUUGGACGAAUCGUUGAGGAUUUAAAAGAUGCCUCUGAGCCCUAUAGAAAGAUGGUGAUGGAAACCAUCGACAAGGUCAUUGGCAACUUGGGUGUGGCGGAUAUCGACUCCCGGCUGGAGGAGCAAAUCAUUGACGGCAUUGUCUACGCCUUCCAGGAGCAGACUUCGGAUGACACCACGGUGAUGCUGAAUGGCUUUGGUACUGUGGUGAAUUCCUUGGGACCUCGUGUGAAGCCCUACUUGCCACAGAUUGCUGGUAUCAUCAGGUGGCGCUUGAACACACCUUCUGCGCGUGUUCGUCAACAGGCCGCAGAUCUCAUUGCACGUAUCGCCGUGGUCAUGAAGCAGUGCGGUGAAGAGCAGAUGAUGGGGCACUUGGGUCUCUUCUUGUAUGAGUACCUGGGUGAAGAGUAUCCCGAGGUGCUGGGUUCGAUCUUGGGGGCCUUAAAGGCCAUUGUGAAUGUGAUUGGCAUGACCAAGAUGACACCGCCCAUCAAGGACCUGUUGCCACGACUGACGCCUAUCCUGAAGAACAGACACGAGAAGGUUCAGGAGAACUGCAUCGAUCUGGUUGGCAGGAUUGCAGAUCGUGGUGCCGAGCUGGCGCCGCCACGCGAGUGGAAUCGCAUCUGUUUCGAUCUGCUGGAGCUCUUGAAGGCUCACAAGAAGGCGAUCCGUCGUGCAUCAGUGAACACAUUUGGUUACAUCGCCAAGGCGAUUGGCCCACAUGAUGUGCUUAGCACCUUGCUGAACAACCUCAAGGUGCAGGAGCGUCAGCUGCGUAUCUGCACCACGGUGGCGAUUGCCAUCACAGCUGAGACCUGUGGGCCCUUCACGGUGCUGCCUGCGUUGAUGAACGAGUAUCGAGUACCCGAGCUCAACGUGCAGAACGGAGUGCUAAAGAGUCUCAGCUUCAUGUUCGAAUAUAUCGGCGAGAUGGCCAAGGACUACAUCUAUGCGGUGACUCCCAUCCUGGAAGAUGCCCUGAUGGACAGAGAUUUGGUACACAGGCAAACGGCUGCGUGGACGUGUAAGCAUCUGGCGCUGGGAGUUCAUGGCCUCGGAUGUGAGGAAGCCUUACAGCACCUCAUGAACUAUGUGUGGCCCAACGUUUUCGAGAACUCGCCUCACUUGAUCAUGGCGGUUUUCGAUGCCAUCGAUGGCUUCAGAGUGUCACUAGGGCCGACCAAGGUCUUGCAGUAUUUGCUGCAAGGCUUGUGGCAUCCUGCCAGACGUGUGCGGGCGGUGUACUGGCGUUUGUACAACAACCUCUACAUCGGAUCUCAGGAUGCGCUCAUCCCCUCCUAUCCGAAGUUGGAAGACGAUUCGGAGCACUGCUACCGUCGAACGGAGCUGGAACUCUUGCUCUGA